AUGGCUGAGCCUCAGAAACACAGCGUCUCAAACGAGAAGAGUGAACUUUUCAAUGACACUGCCGGUACACAUAUUGAUGCUGUUGCGGAAAAGAAGUUGUUGCGAAAGUGCGAUCUUUACAUUCUACCGCCUUUAUUUGUGCUAUUUCUACUUGCCUUCAUUGACAGAACCAAUAUUGGCAAUGCUAGAAUACAGGGACUCGAAGCAGACCUUGACAUGCACGGUAGUGACUACAACAUAGCGCUGUUCAUGUUUUUCCCUACGUAUAUCUUGUUUGAAGUGCCUAGCAACCUAAUCCUCAAGAAACUUGCCCCCUCGACAUGGCUCUCCCUUAUCAUGAUCUUAUGGGGUAUUUCAACCAUCGGUAUGGGGCUCGUGAAGAACUUCGAGGGCCUACUUGCCAUGCGUGUUCUACUGGGGUUAUUUGAAGCUGGCUUGUUCCCCGGCUGCGUCUAUCUCAUAUCCAUGUAUUACAAGCGCUAUGAGCUACAAUGGCGUUUGACACUCUUCUUUACAGCUUCCAUCAUUGCUGGAGCAUUCGGCGGCCUGUUGGCUUUUGCAAUUGCCAAAAUGGACGGAGUUGCAGGUUACGGAGGCUGGAGGUGGAUCUUCAUCAUCGAAGGAAUCGUUACUGUUGUCAUGGGCUUUGUCACGAAAUUCUGGUGCACAGAUUGGCCGGAGACUGCACGGUUUCUCACUGAAGACGAACGGGCCCUACUCGUCGCACGUCUCAGCUCAGAUACUGGUGACGCCGUCAUGAACCGUUUUGACAAGAGGGCUGCUCGUCGCAUCUUCUCAGACCCGAAAAUCUACCUAGGAGUGGUGGCAUACUUCGGUAUCGUCAACACGGGAUACGCUGGAGUUUUCUUCGUCCCGACUAUCGUCAAGGAACUUGGCUACACAUCCUCUACCGCGCAGAUCCGUUUUAUACCAAUCUUCGUGGUCGCUACCGUCGUCGCCAUCAUCGCAGCAUACGUGUCUGAUCGUAUCCGUAAUAGAUAUUGGCUGAGCAUGCUUGGUUUGGUCGUUGCAUCGACAGGAUACAUCAUGUUAUUGGCGCAAGACAAUCUCUCCGCUGGCGUCAAGUAUUUUGCCUUGUUCCUUAUCGUUCCAGGUGGCUUUAUAACCCAGCCCAUCGUAUUAGUGUGGAUGUCCAAUCUAGUAUCUGGACACUACAAGCGCUCUGUAAGUUCUGCGAUGCAAAUAGGUCUCGGUAAUCUUGGCGGUGUCGUUGCAUCGAACAUUUUCUUGAUUUCGGAGGCCCCAAAGUAUCCGACUGGGUAUGGGGUAAGUCUGGGCAUGUUGUGGAUAUGCGGCGCUGCUUGCACUGCGCUUUUCUUCCUGGUCAAGAUCGAGAAUAAGAAGAGGGAUAGAGGUGAAAGAGAUUGGAGACUCGAAGGACUGGAUGCGGAUAACCUCGGAGACGACCAUCCACACUUCAGAUUGACCAUAUAG